AUGUCGGACGCCAAGCGCAUCAAGCUCUCGCACGACGCGCGCCCUGUGAUUGUGACGCAUUCGGGCACGUUUCAUGCGGACGAAGCGCUCGCUGUGCACCUGCUCUACAAGCUGCCUGUGCUGCGCGAUGCUGAACUGAUUCGUACGCGUGACGCCGCGGAGAUUGCCAAGGGCACUAUCGUGGUGGAUGUCGGCGCAGAGUACGUGCCUGAGCAGCACCGCUACGACCACCAUCAGCGUGGUUUCUUUGAGACGUUUGAUGACGAGCAUAAGACCAAGCUCAGCAGCGCUGGCCUGGUGUGGAAGCACUUUGGCCGCGAUAUUCUUGCUGCUCAUCUCAACACCACAGCUGACGAUGAGCGUGUCCCCAUUCUGUACAAGAAGAUGUACGACGAUUUCGUCGAGGCUAUUGAUGCGAUUGACAAUGGCAUCGCGCUGUACCCUGACGUGGAGGGACCCCCUGCCUACCGCUCUCGCACAGAUCUCUCGUCGCGUGUCGGCUACUUGAACCCCCGCUGGAACGAGACAUGGGACGAUGCCGAUUUGCUGAAGCGCUUCCGUCGCGCCUCUGAAUUGGCCGGCACCGAGUUCUUCGAGCGUGUGGACGAUGCCGUAGAAGCAUGGCUGCCGGCUCGUCAGCUUGUCAUCGACGCUCUGAACCAGCGCAAGUCGUUUGAGGGCGCAGACGCGCAAGGCCGCAUUGUCCUGUUUGAGCGGAUCGUUGCGUGGAAAAGCCAUAUCUUCAACCUGGAAGAGGAGCUGGCGAUCCCUGACAACGAAAAGCCAUUGUACAUUGUGUACGCCGACGAGGCGGGCAAAUGGCGUGUACAGGCCGUGCCAGUGAACCCGGAAAGCUUUGAGAGCCGUCGUGCGCUCCCUGAGCCGUGGCGCGGUAUCCGCGAUGAGGAGCUGAGCCAGCUCACAGGCAUCCCAGGCUGCAUCUUCGUGCACCAAUCGGGCUUUAUUGGCGGUCACCAAACCAAGGAAGGUGCUUUGGCGUUGGCCACCAAGGCGCUUGCUAUGUAG